UGGGGAUCUACUUAACCCAUGAGGAGCUGCAGGAGGCACUGAAAUUUGUGACGGUGGAUGCCGAUGGGAAGGUGAAUUUGAGCCAAUUCAUGCGAGGAGUGAGUGCUGCCCAGCCAAUGACCCAAAGACCUGAGAAACCUCAGACGACCUUUGGCCCCAUCUCUGAGACCAAUAUGACUCUGAAAUCCCUGCCGAAGAAGAUGAUGUUGAAACCCCUGCCAAAAAAGACCAGCGGGGAGUUAUCUGGCAUCCUCCUAGACAAGAAUAAGUGCAAAGCAGCAAAGAACCUGACCAGGGACCAACUAGAAGCUUUCCACCAGGCCUACAGUUUCUUCAGUAAGGACGCAGAUGGCAGUAUUGACCUACAAGGCUUGGAGAUGACUGCAAAGAAGCUGGGGAUUAGUUUAACCGAACAAGAGGCCUACGACGAGCUGUCAUAUGCUGAUGUGGACGGAGAUGGGAAAGUGAACUUCUCUGAUUUUCUGACCAUUGUCAGCGACAACAAGCGCUUCAUCCAGGCUGUAGCCCCCGAGAAAGGCAGCCUGGAGGACUUUGAUUCCAUCGACGCCACGGGAAUCCUGCUCUUUGAGGUCCUGUCAAAGCUGGUGGAAAUGUCGGCUCUGCCCAGGAAGGCCCUGCUUGAAAUAGUCAGUUACUACCGGCAGAAGUUCCUGGCGUCCACUGGCAGGAGGGCCUGGAUAGAUGCUGGAAGCUUAAAGGACCAUGGGAAGGGGCUCCACACGCUCCGAAAAGCCCCAACUCCUCAGAGAGGCAGAGUCACUCCUAUGUCUGCCUUUGCAGGUGCUGCCCGCAUCUCAGUGAUGAAUGACAAAGAGCUGGAAGCCUACGUGGAAACCCUCAGGGCAAGCAGUGUCCCCUCCGACAGUCCUUAUGCUCAGGUACCCAUCUUCCCAUUGCUUCCCAACCGGGAUGGAAUGACAAUACCGAAGCCAAAAAAAGACUUGCAGAAGCUGGAGAUGCAGAGAAGGAAAGAGCCUAUAUCGUCGUUUGAAAACCAUUUUUUCCAUAAAAGAAACUGGCUGCGCGAGGCAACUGCGUUCAAACCUCCUGAUUACUUCAGAGACCGGAAAACCUCCCUUAGUCUCGGCCCUCACUUGAUGGAGAGGCGACAUCGUUUGACUAUAGAAGACUUGCAUGAGAUACGACUAGAUGUGAGUACAAAGUCUACCACCCCUUCCAAAGAAUUCCGCCCUCCUUUGUCUCUGGUAUUUUAG